UUGGUAAAAGGAGACCGGCAGCAGACGACGCGCGUGUGUUUGUUGAUAGUUUGUUUGGUUAUUUUGACAUCUCUGAUUUUUGUGAAAAUCAGAAUCAAAUUGUUCGCUGAGUGGAAUAGGAUAUCACAUUGUCCAUGAUCAAGCACAAUGCCUGCUUUCCCAAGGAUCAAACUGUCAUCUCUCAGAAGGAGAAAUGUUGAUUUCUGUUCUGGAAAUCCUAGUGCUUUUAGUGAUAGUGCGGUUGAUGACAAUAAGCGACAGAAAGUAACGAAGAAAGAUGCUGCUUGUGGUACAGAUUCUCCAGUUGAAAGCAGGGUUGAAACCUCCCAAAAGACUAUUGGCCAAUCCCAAGAGGACGUCCGCAGUACUGUGCCUGCCACAGCAGCCUGCGGAGAUGAUUCAUUCGUUGGACAGGAAUGUUUAAAAGAUUCAUUCUAUGAUGUACCAUGUGAACAGCUAGCUACGGCCCUCUUGGGAAAGGUCCUAGUCAGGCGAUUAGAGAAUGGUCAAAUUUUGAAAGGCCGUAUUGUGGAAACUGAGUGCUACCUUGGUGGAGAAGAUAAGGCAUCACACUCCUACCGGGGUAAAAUGACAGAACGAAAUGCUCCAAUGUUUAUGAAGCCUGGCACAGCCUAUGUAUACUUCACUUAUGGCAUGUACCAUUGCUUCAAUAUAUCAAGCCAAGGUGCCGGCGCCGCGGUGCUGGUGCGCGCGGUGGAGCCCCUGGAGGGCGUGGACGCGAUGGCGGAGCUGCGCGCGCGCGGCGCCAAGAAGAAGAAGGCCGCCAAGGACAAGCCUCCGCCGAAGGGCCUCAAGCCGCACGAGCUGUGCAGCGGGCCGUCCAAGCUGUGCAUCGCCUUCGACAUCGACAAGGACUCUUGCAACAAGCGCGACCUGACCAGCUGGCCGGGCCUGUGCGUGUGCCAGGGCGGCGGCGCGCACCGCCAGGACGACCAGGACCGCGUCGGCGACCACGGCCAGGACGCGGCGGUCGUGGUGACGAAGCGCGUGGGCAUCGACUCGGCGGGCCGCGACUGGGCGGACAAGCCGCUGCGCUUCUACCUGAUGGGCAACCCCGCCGUCAGCAAGCGCGACCGCGCGAAGGAGAAGGAACUCGCCGCCAAGGCAGCCAAGGCAGCCAGCCCGCAGCCCUGACCACCACCAACCCCCCGGCCCACCCAGUGCUGCCACAGGCAUCGAACGGGUCGCCAACCUAAGCCCAUCUACCCGCCAACUUCUCGAGGACAAUCCCAGAUGUCUCGUAGGCAGGCUGAGGUUGGCAACCCUUUCGGCACUGGUGCACCGUGGAAAACUUCGCCUUCCUAUGUGGCCGCACGGGCCCAACCUCAUCCUAGCAACUCACUCCGUACUUAUUCCUCACUCUUGUCAAUAAAGACCGCGCU